AUGUCAAGAUUGAGUUGGGAUGAAGCUGUUGCUAUAAUCAACAACAACGGUGAUGUUUCAAAACUAAACCAUUUAGCAUUUGAUAUUAACCAUGUUGACGAAUUCCAAAACUUUAUUAGAGAUCACGAAUCAAAUAAUUUUGAGAAUAAUUGGUUUGAUAAGGUCAAACAAACUCUUUUUCAUGUAGCUAUUAAAGCGAAUCAUUUGGAGGCUGUGAAGAUUUUGUUGCAAAAUGGUGCAAACAAAGAUUUACCUUAUAUCACCGUAACAAUUAGAGCACAAAGAUGUCUUAUCAGUGGCUCUGUCCACAAUUAUGCAGCUGCAGAAUGGAGUGAUUGGAAAAGAUGGGUUGAAAAAUCAGAAAAAAGAGCUUGCCAAGAUUUAACAACCAACACCGACAUUUUGCAAUUAUUGAAAUAA